AUAGUCUAGUGAAACCCCGAUGGUGGCCCAAGGUAAAGGCCUCGCAUUAGGGACCCUUUUAUAAAUUUCUGCUCAGCGGGCGACUGUCGGUUCAAUUGUAGUCCUAGAUUCGCAGAGGGAUUAGCAACAACGCCGUUGCAGCCGCGUGUAGUGUGUGCCCAGGUGCCAGAAAGUGCUCACCGAGUUCCGUUCGUCAGAAGAAAAAUCCGCUACAAUCCUCCCGCCCAGUUGAACAGUAGCAAUGGAGGAUCUUGACAAGCAGCAACUGGAACUGCUGAGAAACGCCUUCAACGCGUUCGAUCAGGAGAAGAAGGGAUGCAUCGGCACCCAGAUGGUCGGCACCAUCCUGAGCAUGCUGGGCCACCAGCUGGAUGACAAACUGCUCAAGGAGAUCAUCGAUGAGGUAGAUGCUGAUGGUUCCGGCGAGCUGGAGUUUGAGGAGUUCGUAACACUGGCAGCCCGGUUCCUGGUUGAGGAGGAUGCCGAAGCGAUGCAACAGGAACUGAAGGAAGCUUUCCGUCUGUACGACAAGGAAGGAAACGGUUACAUUACCACCCAGGUCCUGCGCGAGAUCCUCAAAGAGCUAGACGACAACCUGACCAACGAUGAUCUGGACAUGAUGAUUGAAGAAAUUGACUCUGACGGUUCCGGAACCGUUGAUUUCGAUGAAUUCAUGGAAGUCAUGACCGGUGGAGACGACUAAGCUCGGACUCAUCUUCGUUAGCUUAAUGACCGUCUACUAUUUAAUUACCUUCCACUAUACCUUUGUUAAUAAAUAGCCUAAAACUUCCACCUUGCUCUAAGUUUCUGUUAAAACAUAGUAGCACUUUCUGAAAUAAAUUGUACAGCCAGCCAGGAAUGGGCCAAAGCAAAGGUUUUUUUUAUUUGCUACACCAUUAAACAGAACAAACAAAAUAAGGGAAAGAAUGAAACAAGAGUAUGACCUCGUGGCCUCGUGUGUAGGUUCAACAUAGUUUCGAGUUCAAGUAUUCGAUACAAAACAUGUCCGCUAGCUAGUGCUUUAUUGAGUCAUAAAAUUUAAUAUAGAAACUCGUGUGUGCCCGGACGAAAACUAUGCCAACCGCGUGCACUACUAUAAUGGACCAUCCGCCAACCCUCCAAAACUCGCAGGCACGAGCAAUAUAGUUUCCAACUUGUUGGCUGAGCAGUAAUUGUACUGGUGUACAAAAUAAAAUCAAUUUGUACUGAA